CCUAUCGUUUGAGCCUGAACGUAAUUUACACACGGCUUUAGACACAAAGAAUACCUCAAUUCCAUUUGAAGAAUAGUUCCACAUAAACGGGUGCCAACCAUAUAUAUCACAACGAAGACAAAGCCACCUUCUCUGUUCUUCCACAAACUAAGAGUUUCUAACCCUCUUACGCUUUGCAGGAGACAACAGUACUAUGGCCAGCGAUGAAGUGCAGCCAGUUACCGCACAGCAACCCAUUGAGGGUGAGCUGAACGUGUUAACCAUGUCCAAGGAGCAGAUCCUGGAUCUGAUUUCUAAAACCCAUGAUCCUAUCAAAAAAAAUUUUGAAGCCGACUACUCUCUUCUCGUUGCCGUCCAACAUGAGCGCGCAGAAUACAUUAAAAGUUGGUUCAGAUACAAAUAUUAUUUUCAGGGCGUUGAUGAAGAUGACACGGAGAGUGAGGAAGACGUGGAGAACCCGAAGGAAAAGGGCGAUGAUGAAGAGUACACGGAAAGUGAGGAAGACGUGGAGAACCCGAAGGAAAAGGGCGAUGAUGAAGAGUACAUGGAAAGUGAGGAAGACGUGGAGAACCCGAAGGAAAAGGGCCAGGGGAACCUUGAGGAAAAUGUGUCCAGACUCAGAGACAGCUUGAAUCCACAAUUAUUAUGCAUGCGCAAGCAACUUUCCUCUAAGGGCCAGGAGAACCUUGAGGAAAAGGUGUCCAGAUUCGGAGACAACUUCAAUCCACAAUUAUCAUGCAUACUCAAGCAACUUUCCUCGGAGAUGGCAUGCAAGGCUCCAAGUGUGGAAGUAAUAAUGUCAAUACUUAACAAGCUCUCAAACUAUUCAUGGGAAGCUAAGCUAUUGCUGGUACUAGCGGCUUUUACUUUUAUUUACAAAGAUUUCUUCGAUAUCCCAAACAAUUUACCUGCCACCGUAAGGCACCAAAAUCUCCGAGAAAUAUCAAGCUUUGACCGGGAAAUUUGUUACACGUUGGACAUCAUGAAGUACUUCUUGAAUGUUAAGAACAUUACAAAGGAUGAACCAGAAUUAUUGUCGGAAGUAGAAGGUGAUAUCGCGGCGGGUGUCUACUGGAUAAUUGUAACUUGCACAACUCAUGUGUGUCGUCUCACUAGCGAUGAGGACAAGACACAGGAUCUAUCGCCCUUGAUCAACAAAAUCCGGUCCAUCUUCUCCGACCUAGGGAUGAGGAUAAGUACAAUAGAGAAAAUGUACAGAAGGAAGGAGCUUUUUGCCAACGAACAGGUUGUGAGUCUGAUUUCUGCAACCCAUCUUCCUGAUGAAGAAAAUUUUGAUGCUGACUCUCUUCUAGUUGUUGUUGAACAUGCGCGCACAAAAUGCUUGAAAAAACAUGUCAUCACUCUAAUGAACGUUAAGGCCUUUUGGAACUAUAACGACUUGGAGUACAUACGCAGCUUUAAGAGUGAGAAAGACGUGGUGUCCAGGGACAACUUAAAUCCACAAUUAUUAUGCAUACUCAAGCAACUAUCCUCUAAGAAUACACGCGAGGCUCCAAUUGAGAAAGUAAUAGUGUCAAUACUUAACAAGCUCUCAACCUAUUCAUGGGAAGCUAAGCUAUUGUUGAUACUAGCGGCUUUUGCUCAUGGUUUGAAUUAUGAAGGUUUCUUACCUGCCACCUUAAAGGAGGGAACACUGGUAUGCUGUUACAGUACAAUUUUUUACCCGUUGAACACCAUGAAGUGCUUCUUGAAGGUUAAGAAGGAUACAAAGGAUGAACCAUCAUUAUUGUCGGAUGUAGCAAGUGAUAUCCCAAUGGGUGUCUACUGGAUUCUUGUUACUUGUACAAUUCUUAUGCGUUGUCUCACUGGCGAUGAGGACAAGACACAGGAUCUAUCGCCCUUUGUCGACAAAAUCUGUUUCAUCUGUGAUGACCUACACUUGAGGAUAAGUAGAAUAGAGGAAAUAAUCGCAAAAAGAAAAUUGAAGGAGCUUUUCCCCAUGGAUGCUAUGCAACCUCUUGUUGACGGUUCCACCAAUGAACAGGUUAGCAUCGACGUGCUGAAAGAGAAGAAUCUUUUAUUAUUCAUUUCAGGCCUGAACAUACACAAAAAUGAUAAAUCGGAUUCGAUGUCAAUUUAUGAUGAAAUAAAGAAGAAGGGGGACCAAUACAAAAUUGUAUGGAUCCCCAUUGUGGAGCAGUGGACCUAUUACUCGCGAAAGCAGUUUGAGGACUCAAAGUCUAUGAUCCAGAGAAAAAUGAUGUCGUGGUAUAUAGUGCAAUCCUUUUCAGCAGUAGCAGGCCUCAAGUUGAUUGAGGACCACCGCUACGUCAAUAAGCCUAUUGUCUUGUUGAUGAACCCACAAGGAGACGUGGAAAACAAAGACGCACCCGACUUGAUUCGUCGAUUAGGAAUGAGUGCCUUCCCUUGCACUCUGCGUAUACCUUUACGCAAGGACAGAGCUAGAAGUUCUUAUGGACAGGGGCCGGUGGUAAAAAAUGAUUAUUGGAAAUUGGGGGGGCCAUGGCCCCUGCCAGCCCCCCCCCCUCCCUCCGUCUCUGCGGUUUCACAAGUACGAUAUGUGCCGCUGGCGGGUUAUGUGUCGAGCAUAUGUGGACCUUACAGUACUGAAAAAUACACUUUCCUCUGUGGAGGCGAGGACAAGCAAUGGAUUGAACAAUUUUCCCGGAAAGUACAUGUUGUGGCUCAGGAUCAGCUCGUACAGGAAUUCAAAAUUAACAUCAAAGUGUGUCGCGUUGGAAAAGACCGCAGACAGCUGGGUUUUGGCGAGAAAAUUCGAAAGUUAGUGGAUUCCUUCAGGAAGGAGAAAAGAUGGGCUGUGCUCGUGACCAAUUUUUCAGAGGUAAUCAGUAAAGACGGGACAACAAUUGAGAAGGUCUUGGAGGAGUUUGGAAACUGGAAGGUAAAUGUGCGUGAGAUAGGCUUCCAGAUUUGCUUCGAAGAGUGCCAUGACAGGCUUCUUCCAACUGGUUCCCAGCCAUCGGCAUCGAGGAAUGUCUGAUUGUCCUUGUAUCGUUGAUUGAAUAGCGGAUUGAUUCGCACCAAUCAAUUUUAAACAAGUUGAAUUGCACUGCUUUUUU